AUGCAGAAACAAGUGACUCUCGUUGACAAGAUCCUGUCGAGCACCAGAACUAUAAGCAGCGUUCACAAGGAGAAGGAGAAUCUAGAAGUCUGUCCCAGCUGUAUGUGGGGACCUAAAGUUGGUUACGAUGACGUAGUCUGGCACAAGCUGGGCUCCUGUCCGUGGUGGCCGGCGCGGGUCCUCACGCCGGGUGCUCUGCCCUCCUGCCUCCUCACACGAUCACAUUCCCCACACCACUGGCCGCUGAAAUACUACGGUACAUUGAACUACUCCUGGGCUGAAACCAGUCGCAUCUGCCUCUUUCUGCCCAAGCAUACAGCAGCACUGAAGGCCAGGGAUGAAACUCUGAGGCAGGCUGUGUUGGACGCAGCAGAUGACUACAUAGCUGUCUACCUCACAUAG